AUGCCAGCCACCACCGUUGUGUCUCCGCGUAAGCGGCUACCACGCUCAAAUUUUGGCGGUCUCGGAGUGCAGGAUGAUGAAUGUGACGUGAUGUUAUCCAUUGCACCAACAUCUCCAUCAAUUGCAUCAACUGCUAGCUCCACUGAUACUUUCUCAUCGAACAUCGUCAAUGCGAAAUUACAAACUGUAGCGCUCUCUCCUUCUUACGAGCCAAAUAGUUUGCACGAGCGAAAUAAUGACGAAAACGACGAAAAGACUGAAAAACUUUCAAGACUGCAAGAAUUUAGCGACUGGCUUCGAAGACUGCAACAUACUUUUGGCUUGUCAUUUUUGCUGCUGGUGAGUACAGUGUACGCUGUUCAAGGAUUCACAAGCUUUAGCGCUCUUGCUAUCAACUUCUUUUUUAAAGACAAUCUGCAGUUGCAACCGACUGAGUCGCAGUCGUUACUGACAGUCAUGAUGGUACCGUGGGGUAUCAAACCUUUUUACGGCAUCAUCUCGGACAGUUUGCCGCUCUGUGGGUACCAUCGCAAGUCGUACAUGAUGUUGUGCAGUGCUAUUGGCACGAUCGCAACGAUAAUUUUUGCGAUUCCUGAUCUUAUCAUUAGUCCAAUCGGUGCAGUGCUAGUGCUCAUGCUUAAUAGUUUGUCAGCAGCUGUGAUCGACGUGGUAAUAGAUGCUAGAGUUGUAGAAAUGUCGCGAUUAGAUCCAAAGUAUGGUGCCAACGACUUGCAAUCUGUAUCGUGGGUUUCUAUGUCUGUAGGUGGUGUGUUAGGAUCGAUAAUGUCUGGUCCAGCGACGCACAAGCUAGGAGUACGUGGUGUCUUUGGGAUCGCAGCCAUCGGUCCAUUGACCAUUUUCGUCCUCUCCACACUUAUGCAUGAGGCUAAAACGACGGUGAAUAAGCGCCAUUGGAAGACUUCAGCAAGGAGGCAAGUAGCACAGCUUAAAGGUGCAAUUGGCACGCCUGUUAUUUGGAUGUGUGCGCUGUGGGUCUUUUUGUCCGGUGCUAUCAGCCCUGGAUACUCGCAAGUGUUUUUUUACUUUUCAACGGAUGUGCUGCAAUUUACCCCCGAGUUUUUAGGAACUGUAUCGGCAUUUGGAUUCAUGUUUUUAAUGGUUGGAACCAUGCUAUACAAUGCUUGCUUUAAAGAUAUGCCGUUUCGGCGCAUUUUUUUCAUUGCGCAGCUCAGUCUAGCCAUUGUGUCGCUCUUAGACAUCGUUUUGGUCACGCGCGCAAAUUUGAAUAUUGGGAUACCAGACAAGGCGUUUGUUUUGGGUGAUGCUGUGAUUGCAGACGUCAUUAGUCGUCUAAAGACGAUGCCAAUGAUGGUACUUUGUGCUAAGCUCUGUCCAAAGGGUAUUGAGGGUACGCUGUUUGCACUUUUAAUGUCCAUUUCAAACUUUUCUCGGAGUGUGAGCGAGUUUUGGGGGGCUCUUGUUUGUGCGUGGUUGGGCAUCGCUAAGGAUGAUUACGAUAUGUUGUGGCUUGCCAUAAUCCUGCGCAGCGCGCUAAAAGUGGUGCCCAUUUUCUUUCUCUUCUUGAUCCCAGCGACGGAUCCGCAGGAAAUUGUGGACAAACUAGACUUUAACUUACUAGGACAUGGUGAGAAUGUCAAGGAUAAAAAACCUGAGGACGCGGAGGUGGAUGGUGAUGACGAUGACUUGGGCACAGUUCGUGAAGAUCAUAGGGUGAAUGAUUGCUCGCCAACUGAUGAAGUAGAGCUAAAAGGCACGGUCAAUGCUGUGUAA